AUGGGUAAAUUACUCUCUAACAUAAUAACAAAUCAGAAAGGAAAAGCGGAUAUUAGCUGUCUGAUAAAUGAGAAGGGGGAAUUGAUAACAAAUCUGGAGGAAAUUGAAACUGAAAUUGUAUCAUUUUAUAUGAAGGUUUACCCCACGGAUGGAAGCCCAAAAAAGGAAAAAUUGGAUGAGUUUGGUAUUGAGACCUACCAGGAGAUUCAUGGGAUGCUAUAUGGAAUAGAAGAGAUCAACAGCAGUCAUGAUCUUCUUCCGAACAUCACGUUGGGUUUCCAAGCCUAUGAUUCUUGUCUCAGUGUCCAAAACAGUUUAGCAGGAACGCUGCAAGUGUUAACAGGACAUAGCAAAGCCAUCCCCAACUAUAGAUGUCAAGACGUUCCCUUAAGCUCUGUCAUUGGUCAUACAUCCUCAACACAUUCUAUUCUCAUGGCUCAUGUUCUGGGACUUCUUAGAUACCCUCAGAUCAGCCAUUAUUCUACAAGCCCUCUCCUCAGUGAUCGAAGAAAAUUUCCCACUUUCUUUAGAACAGUCCCCAGUGAUGUUUUCCAGUCCAAAGGUAUUGCUCAGUUGGUUUUGCAUUUUGGAUGGACUUGGAUAGGGCUUCUGGCUAUGGACAAUGACUAUGGCCAACAAGGGAUUCAACUUGUCAGACAAGAGAUAGUAAAGGCGGGGGCAUGUGUUGCCUUCACAGAAACCAUCAUCCUAAGUCGACCAGAUCGCAACGCUCCACACAUUGUUAACAUAAUCAAACAAUCUUCAGCCAGGGUUGUGGUUGUCUUCUCUAAGGACAUUGACUUAUUUCCAAUAUUAGUUGAGAUGGUAAGACAAGAUGUUACCCAAAGGAUAUUUGUUGCCUGUGAAAUCUUGUCAAUCUCACAAUUCUUCCAGGGAAUGAACACAAGGCUUGUUUUGGGCACGCUUGGUCUAGCUGUAAACAGUGGGACAAUUUGGGGAUUUAAAGAUUACCUAAACAAAGUCCAUCCAUCCAAACCUUCGGGAGGAACAUGGGCGAAAAUUCUCUGGGAAAAAACUUUUCAUUGUGAAUUUAUUGAGAAGAACAAUGUCACAAGUACUUUCAAUUCUCCAACAAAACCAUGUACAGGAGCAGAAGACCUCGAGAGCAUAGCAAACAGCUACAAUGAUGUUGCCAACUUACGAGCAACAUACAAUGCUUACACCACAGUAAAGAUUAUCGGCAUGGCUUUGGAAAGCCUGAGAUCUUGUCAAAGUGAUGGAAAUGCAGGUCUUCACCGGACAUGUGCUGACAUUUCCAAGUUUGAGCCUUGGAAGCUUCUACGCUACAUAAAGCAAGCAAGGCUUAGACUGAGUAGUGGACAAGAACUCUAUUUUGAUAAGAAUGGAGACCCACCAGCAGUCUAUGAUAUAGUAAACUGGCAACUGGGCCCAUAUGAUACCAUAAAACACAUCAAGGUCGGAAGUUAUGACACUACUAGACCUUCAGAUCAAGUCUUUCAAAUAAACACAAGUAUCAUCCAUUGGCCUAGCGAAGAACAGACGGUUCCUCUCUCGGUCUGCAGUGAGAGCUGUCCUCCAGGUUUCAGGAAGGCUGCAAGAAGAGGACAACCUGUCUGCUGUUUUCAAUGUGUUCCAUGUCCUCAAGGCAAAAUAUCCAACCAAACAGAUGCUUUGGAUUGCAUCAAGUGUCCAUGGGAUCAAUGGCCAAACCUUGAAAAAUCUUUAUGUCUUCUAAAGACCAUAGAAUUUCUCUCUAAUGAAGACCCAUUGGGAUUAACCUUGGCGGUGACCACAAUUAUUUCCUGCUUAGUUCCUACAUCCAUAUUGCGGCUUUUCAUGAAAUAUAAGAAGACUCCCAUAGUAAAGGCAAAUAACUACCAUCUAAGCUUCUUUCUCCUGUUCUCAUUGAUGCUAUGUUUCCUCUGUUCCUUGGUUUUCAUUGGUCCACCCGGGGUUGAAAAGUGUCUCCUUCGACAAUGUACAGUUGGUAUUGUUUUUACGCUUUGUGUCUCUUGCAUCUUGGCUAAAACUAUGACAGUAGUGUUGGCUUUCAUGGCUACAAAACCAGGCAGCCGGCUGAAAAAAUGGACAAGCCUUAGGGCUUCUUUCUUAUUUAUAUUCAUAUGUUCCUUAUUACAAUUCAUCUUGUGUAUUGUUUGGGUGUCACUUGCUCCUCCAUUUCCCCAGUACAUUAAUACACAAAAACAACCCACUAUCAUCAGCUAUGAAUGUAAUGAAGGGUCACCUAUGGCAUUUUGGUGCAUGUUGGGAUAUCUUGGCCUCUUGGCCUCUAUCAGCUUCAUUGUAGCUUUUAUGGCCAGGAGACUUCCCGACAGCUUCAAUGAAGCUAAAUUCAUCACUUUCAGCAUGUUGGCCUUCCUUAGUGUCUGGGUGUCUUUUAUUCCGGCCUACCUUAGCGCUCAAGGAAAGUACACUGUAGCUAUGGAGAUAUUUGCCAUUCUUUGUUCAAGUUGGGCUCUGGUCAUCUGUAUGUUUCUUCCUAAAUGUUUCAUAAUCUUGUUUCGACCUUACAUGAACUCUCGAGAAUACCUUGUGAGGAAAAUUAGGUUUCAACGGCAUGGAUGA